CUAUGGUUCAUAUCCGAAAAAAAACGACAGCAGAGAGAUUCGAACUCGGGUCAGCGCCGUGACAAGCAGUCAUCUUACUUGCACUGCUACGCGCUAUUAUGAAGUAUCACUUUAUCGAAUUGAUUAUAACCAACACGCCUGACAAAAAAAUUUUUUUUACCAAACAUUCGGACAUACAAAGUUGGAAAACUUGUCUGCCAAAUACCCUUAAAAAAUUAGGAUUAUGUGAAGAUCAUUUCGUUAUUACAUCAUAACGAAGAACGUGAAAGCGCGACGAGAGAAAGAGGAAUGCAAAAUCAUAAGCUCGUCGCGUGGCAGUCGCGUGGUCUGUCAUUGAUGAGACAAAGACAGAACGAUGAAUUAUCGAUUCUUAUCCGACUGUCCAUCUCUGAAUAGUUCGGACAUGAACCCAUAUCAUAGACACAAACCAUGUUUCGUUACCGAGCGUAAUGGACAUAGUUCACGUCCACUUUGUCAGACGGCGCGUCAAGCAUCAAGAAAUGUGCCCGUCGAAGCUGAUGGCCGCUCUCAGGUUUCUCUCUGCUACUAUGAAUGAUACGAAUGAUGUUAUGAUAAGUAUAUACGAUACUUUAAUACACUUGCGGUAUCCGCAUAUCACUAACGCGGAGUCAAAAGACUUGGAAAAAACAAUUCUUAGUGGUGAAAAUCGCAUUUGCUUACUCUCUUGGCUGCUGACAGAGAAAUCAUCAUCAAUCAACGUACAUUUAGAAAAGCUGAAGGAUGUUGCUUUGGAAGAUCAGUUGUUCGAAUACUACUCUCAGAUUGGAAUGUGUAAUAACAAGAAUAUAUUAUUGGGUAAAUGUUCCUUGAAAGAACAGCUACCGUUUUUAAGAUUAUUAUUGGAUUUUAUGAGAGAAGUACACAUGAAACCCCUUGUGAAUAUAAUUGAUAUAGAAAAAACAUUUGUGGAUAUUACUAAGCUGUGUAUUGAUGAUAUUAAUGAAAUACCUUCUCUUUCUGUUAAACCAAAAAUAAGUUAUACUGAAAGUAUUAAGUAUUUCGAAGAAAAUGAAACAGACGUAUCGAAUAACGAUUGCGAAGAUAUUAAAACUAUUUUGGCUGAAGAUUCACAUGUAGAGACUGAUGACAAAUCAAUUAAUGAUGAACAGAAUGCACUGUUUGAGAAGGAAACAGAGAAAUUUAUAGAAGCAUUUCAGACAAUUUCAUCUUGGCCAGUACAAACUGGGAAUUUAAAUAAAGAUAUUUCUGAUUCCAUUUGUUCAGACAUUAAAAGCAUAUGCUCUGAUUUCGACACAUUAAAAAAGAUACUGCGAGCAAAAGAUGAAAUAUGUAAUAUGAAAAAUUUACCAAUGUUACCGAAGACUGCUACACCUUUCAAUAAAAUUAUAGAAGAUAUACUUGUUCAUAAUGAAGAACUCGAAAAUUGGAAUUUGACAAACAAUUGAUUUUAUAUUUAUACACAAUUUUUGCUACAAUCGUAAAGUGUAAUUAAUUGAUAUCUAAUUCAAAUAUUUGUAAUAUACAAGAUGUAGAAAAAUCUAUAAAUUGUAUCACACGUGCAUUAUUGGAAAUGUUUAUGUAAGGUACAGGAAGAUGUAUUGAUAAUAAGAAUAGAAUAAAACAAUUAUCUUUAAA